ACCCCCGCGGGAGAGCCGCCUGGAGUCGGCGGGGGCCGGCCGGGCCCACGGGGAGGCCGGCCCGCGCCCCCUGAGCUACGGACACCAGGGCGCUCACCAUGGCCCCACCACUCCUGCUGCUGCUGCUGGCCAGUGGAGCUGCCGCCUGCCCACUGCCCUGUGUCUGCCAGAACCUGUCCGAGUCACUCAGCACACUCUGUGCCCACCGAGGCCUGCUGUUUGUGCCUCCCAACGUGGACCGGCGCACAGUGGAGCUGCGUCUGGCUGACAACUUCAUCCAGGCCUUGGGGCCACCAGACUUCCGCAACAUGACAGGGCUGGUAGACCUGACGCUGUCCCGCAAUGCCAUCACUCGCAUUGGGGCCCGCGCCUUCGGGGACCUAGAGAGCCUGCGCUCCCUGCACCUGGACGGCAACAGGCUGGUGGAGCUGGGCACUGGUAGCCUGCGAGGCCCCAUCAACCUGCAGCACCUCAUCCUCAGCGGCAACCAGCUGGGCCGUAUUGCACCAGGGGCCUUCGACGACUUCCUGGACAGCUUGGAGGACCUGGACCUGUCCUACAACAACCUGCGGCAGGUGCCCUGGGCCGGCAUCGGUGCCAUGCCCGCCCUGCACACCCUCAACCUGGACCACAACCUCAUUGAUGCACUGCCCCCGGGCGCCUUUGCCCAACUCAGCCAGCUCUCCCGUCUCGACCUCACCUCCAACCGCCUGGCCACGCUGGCACCUGACCCACUCUUCUCCCGGGGCCGUGACGCCGAGGCCUCCCCCGCCCCCCUGGUGCUGAGCUUCAGCGGGAACCCCCUGCACUGCAACUGUGAGCUGCUGUGGCUGCGGCGGCUGGCCCGGCCCGAUGACCUGGAGACGUGCGCCUCUCCACCAGGCCUGGCUGGCCGCUACUUCUGGGCAGUGCCAGAGGGCGAGUUCUCCUGUGAGCCACCCCUCAUUGCCCGCCACACGCAGCGCCUCUGGGUGCUGGAGGGCCAGCGGGCCACACUGCGGUGCCGGGCCCUUGGCGACCCCGCGCCCACCAUGCACUGGGUCGGCCCUGAUGAUCGGCUGGUUGGCAACUCCUCCCGAGCCCGGGCUUUUCCCAAUGGGACCUUGGAGAUUGGGGUGACGGGCUCAGGGGAUGCAGGGGGCUACACCUGCAUUGCCACCAACCCUGCUGGCGAGGCCACAGCCCACGUAGAACUCCGGGUGCUGGCCUUGCCCCAUGGUGGGAACAGCAGCACCGAGGGGGGCCGCCCAGGGCCCUCGGACAUCGCUGCCUCAGCCCGUACUGCUGCUGAGGGCGAGGGGACACUGGAGUCUGAGCCAGCUGUGCAGGUGACGGAGGUGACCGCCACCUCGGGGCUUGUGAGCUGGGGGCCAGGGCGGCCAGCGGACCCUGUGUGGAUGUUCCAAAUCCAGUACAACAGCAGUGAGGACGAGACCCUCAUCUACAGGAUCGUCCCAGCCUCCAGCCACCACUUCCUUCUGAAGCACCUGGUCCCCGGUGCCGACUAUGACCUCUGCCUGCUGGCCCUGUCACCUGCUGCUGGGCCUUCCGACCUCACCGCCACCAGGCUGCUGGGCUGUGCCCACUUUUCCACGCUGCCAGCCACACCCCUGUGCCACGCCCUGCAGGCCCACGUGCUGGGCGGGACCCUGACCGUGGCUGUGGGGGGUGUGUUGGUGGCUGCCUUACUGGUCUUCACUGUGGCCUUGCUGGUUCGGGGCCGGGGGGCCGGGAAUGGCCGCCUCCCCCUCAAGCUCAGCCACGUCCAAUCGCAGACCAACGGAGGCCCCAGCCCCACACCCAAGGUGCACCCGCCACGGAGCCCCCCGCCUCGCCCCCAGCGUAGCUGCUCCCUGGACCUGGGAGACACUGGCGGGUGCUACGGUUAUGCCAGGCGCCUCGGGGGGGCCUGGGCCCGACGGAGCCACUCUGUGCAUGGGGGGCUGCUCACUGCAGGGUGCCGGGGGGUGGGGGGCAGUGCGGAGCGGCUGGAGGAGAGUGUGGUGUGAAGGGAAGGGAGCCAGCCCAGGCGGGGGCAGAGGGCAGAGGGCAGAGGGGGUGGGGUGGGCAGCCUCCUGGCCUGGCGGGUCAGCACUGCCUGGGAGUCCCUCCCAGUCUUACCCUGGGUACCUCAGGCCCCCUUUUGCUUGGCAGGACAGGGGGCCCUUUCCCUGGUUCUGGCCUUCAGAUGGGCAAAAUGGGACAGGUCCCUGUGACAGGUGCUCACAGCCUCUGAGGCAGGGGCUGCAGCCAAGUGGAAGUCUUGUUUUUCUUUAUAAUAAAAUCGUUGGGGACACCUCA